AUGAGAACCUUUACUGUUGCGCGAGUAUAUAAGCAUCUUAGGCGAUAUGAUGGGACAGAAGAGAUUUAUCUACGCAUCGUCAAUAAAAACACGAGAGACGACCAGCUCCUCAAGCGACUGACCGCUCAAGGGCUGGCAUGGCUCUACCGAGCUCAAGGCCGGAACGAUGAGGGACAAAGGCUCUGGGACUAA